AGCAGAAAGAAACAGUGAAAAGGGAAUAAUUACAUAAAAAAACACACUGACCGGCAUUUUUUAGACGACUUCCCGAAGUUUUCGCCGAAAUUAGCUCCCGAACAGAUCUACCGGGAGUUGCACUUGCCAUAACCAAAGCAUGAGUGGUUACCAAUAUCUGGACGUGAAGCUGAAACUCCGUAAUCCAGACUCCGUAACUUUGACCCCCGUGUUCCUUUGCGGCUGCAUCGUCAAUUCCUUGACGAAUAUUUUUGGCGAAAUCGGUGGACAAACUACCCUGGAAAUCGUUAAAUUCAGCUCAACCGAAAAACGCUCCAUUUUCCGGGUGUCCGAGGAUUUCCUGGAACGCGCCCGCAUAGCUAUUUCCCUAAUAGGAUACUACCAACAAGUGCCCUGCCAUUUCCAGGUGCUCAGCACAUCCCGAAAACCUUUGGACUUCGAGGACUCUGCCGAGGAAUUUAUAGCAUUUAACUGA